AGUAUUUCAAGUGUCACCUUACACCGUGUAGAGCCAUGAAAAUAGUUUUUAAUAUUUUGUAAUUUUUAAACCAAUUUGUUGAAGAAAAGCACAGAUUGUCAUUUUAUUAACGAUCAAUUAUAUUUAAUAGAAUCGAAUUACUGUGUUGGAAAUAUGAAUCUUUCUAUCUCAACUUCAUUUAUUUUUUAAUGUCCAGAUACUAAAGAAUUGAAAUGGCAAACCCGUAUUCUAUGAUACCUCAGCCUCCACCGCCACCACCACCACCACUCCCCGCAUCUUACUACAAUGGUAACCAAGUGCAGUGUUCUCCCUCAUUCUCCAGCAUCAGUGAUGGUGACAACAACCAGGACACGUCCUCGAAACCUAAAGUUUCCUGUUUUAAAACCCAUUCUUCUAAAUGCAAGCAAAAAGAAAUGCAGUUUCACCUGGUCGGUGCCAUAGAAUCUGGCAAUUUGGUACAAGUUCAAAAACUGGUGAAUAAUGGAGUAAAUAUUGACUGCAUCAUUCUGUUAGUAAAAACACCAUUAAUUCAUGCAAUGGAACAGGGCCAAGAACAUAUUGCAAGUUUUUUAAUUUCUUCUGGUGCCAACACCAAUAAAGCUGAACGAAACGCUUGGUUUCGUCAUCCUCUUCAUACUGCUGUCUUUAAAAACAUGUAUAAUAUUGUACUGAAGCUUCUGGUUUAUGGCGCUGUUAUAGAAGCCCAAGAUGGUAAUGGUAUGACACCUCUCACUUAUUCUGCUAUUUAUGGAAAUUCAGAAAUUACUAAGUUACUCAUUUCAUAUGGCGCCAAUUUAAACCAUGAAGAUUUUGUCAACAGAAUAGCUCUUCAUUUUGCUGCAGAACGGAAUUUACUUGACAUCGCCGACGCCCUCAUCAGACUUGGAUCCAAUAUUGACCAUCAAGACAAAUAUGGUUGGAGUCCAUUAUUUGGUGCUGUGAUGUACAAUCACAUAGAAAUGGUACAGUUGUUGUUGUCACGCCGAGCCAAUGUCCAUCUUCUUGAUUAUGGUGGAGAUGGUAUCAUGCACUUAGCAUGCUCACGUUUCCGGCGUGAGAAAGUCUUUGUUGUAUUGUCCACUUCUGAAGAUUUGUACAAGAGAAAACGAAGAAUCCCCACCCUCAGUUUCCAGAAUCUCUGUGUAAAAUUCCGUGGUAGCAACAUCGACAUCAUUCACUGCUUGAUUGAUGCUGGUGCCAGUGUACGUCUGUGCAACUAUGAAGGACUAACUCCACUUGAUCUCUGCAAAGAACAGAAUGUUAUGAAGAGUCUGGUGUCUGUUGGGAGUCCAAUAGAUCCUGGAUGGAUCCAGUCUGCGACAUUGUGUUCCGAAUCGGGAGAAAACACUGAAAUUAUUACUUGGCUGUUGGAGCAAUUCCAGUUACAACAGCGCUUGAUCUUUGCCUGUAAAGUGGCAAUCAGGCGCUAUCUUUCAUUUACAGGAUGUAUCUCUGCCGCUAUUCAAAAACUGCCGCUGCCAAAUGCCAUGAAAGAUUUUCUCCAGCAAGUUUAUUAACUUAUUUCAAAUUUUUUACACUAUUAUUCUGUUUGUUUCUGGAUGUAGUUUUAGAAUUUUGGGUAUAUAUAUAUAAUAUAUAUAUAUACACAUGCACAUAUAUAUAUGUAUAUAUAUAUGUGUGUGUGUGUGUAUAUAUAUUAAUAUAUACACCUGUGUGUGUGUAUAUAUAUAUAUAUAUAUAUAUAUACCUGCAUAUAGAUAGUUAGAUAAAUAAGCAUACAUGUAUAUAUGUAUAUGUAUAUACAUACAUGUAUAUGUAUUAAAGUGUUAAGCGCUUAUGCUAUGCAGAUUAGUCGUCCCAGCUCUUUGGAGAUGCUAGGUUUGAUGUGUGUCUAAAUAGAUUGGGUCACUUCUUUCUCUGGGAUCGGUCAAGUGAUGCAGGAUCCUGAUGAGACUCGAAUAAGGGUCAAAAAUCAAUUAAGGAUUCAUCAUUGUUUUCAAUCUGCAGAGGAAUAGGUGAAUUUCAUAUAUCCACCACUAUGUAAUAUUAUGGAUAUUAAAUAUAAUAUUAUAUUUAUCAAAUAAUAGAGAUAUUGUGUAAAAUGCUAUGAUAUCACACUUUUAUAGAAUUCCCAGCUUUAAAUGUUCAAUUUUUAAAAUAUAACAUAAUAGAGGAAAUUAGUUCUAACUAACUUCACUUUUCAAUACAGUUUCUUUGGAGAUUUUCUUGUAGUUUUUCACUUUGAUCUGAAGUUCCAUAUUGAUAAUAUUGAACUAGAAUUGCGAGGAUCAAAUCCAAAGAAUUCAAAACUACUGUAAUUGGAAUUCAGUUUUUGAAAACAAAAAACAAUGAAAUUUUUCUCUCAAUUCAAAUUUUAUAUUUAUUUAUUGAACCAAACUUAGAAUUUCAAUGUCAGUUUUUAAAAAAAUUUCAUUUCUCUUUGAUAUCUCCCUCCUUUUUUCUUCUUUUUCUUUCUCUUCUAUGCCUUUUUUUCUUUUUUCCUUUCACAGAUUCUAGUUUAUGAAGAAAAUUUUCAGUUUUUUUCCAAAAUAAAUAUAUUUUGACA